CUGUGAACAAGCUGCAGCACUGAAGAAGCUCAGAGAUUCUAAAAGCAAACCGAUUAUUCGGAGCAGCCCCGGUUCUGGACUGCUUUGCUUGGGGGGGCAAAGACACAAUUUGGGGGGGCAAUGCCCCCCUCAGCCCCCCCUAGCCCCGGUUCUGGACUGCUUUGCUUGGGGGGGCAAAGACACAAUUUGGGGGGGCAAUGCCCCCCUCAGCCCCCCCCCCCCAGCGCCGGCCCUGGUGUGCAGCGUCAACAUCUACGUCAAAAAUAGAUUUUAAUAUGAGUUUCCAGGAUGUCCGGUACAAAUGUCACACCAGGUUUCGACUACGACAAGAUUAUAGGUGAACUAGAAGCUGACGCAGAGUACCCAAAACAUAUCAGGAUGCUCUUCAUCAUCAGCUACUCCACCAUCUGCAUCGUCGGACUGGUCCUCAACUCCUGGGUCGUGGUCGCCGGUAGCUGCGCCUACCAGAAACUGCUGGAUCGAGACACCGCCGUCUGGGUCCUGACUCUGGCCGUGACCCACCUGAUCUGCUUGAUAUUCCUGCCCUUCCAGCUGCUCUACGCCUGGUUCCACUUCAACUGGCGAUACGAAGGGAUCGUCUGCAAAUUCGCCUCCUACGCCAUUUACUUCAGCUUCUUCUCCACGGGGACCAUGCUGAGUAUGUGGAGCAUCAGCAGCACCAUCAAGAGCAGCACGUGCAUCAGAAAGUGCUGGCCUAGACAGCUCGGGCGCGGGGCGACCGCGGACCUCUUCAUGGUCUUGUUCUCCUGGACGCUCGCCGCCGUCCUGGCCAUGCCAUCUUUGUUCUCGCGGGAGCUGAGGUAUACCAAGCGGGGCUUGGAAUGCAUCGACGAUUUCGACUUCGACAACGACAAAUCGACGAACGACGGAGAGCAGAAGCUACUGAUCGUCGUUCUUUAUCGGUUCCUGCUCGGCAUCGCGCUGCCGGGGUUCCUGAUGGGCAUCAGCUGCUGCCUGAAACGUGAAGAAGGUCGCCGGGAUUACGGUAGGCGGGGUUUGCGGCAGAUCUCGUGCUGGAUAAAGGUGGCUCACUUUGUUUGCUGGACGCCUCUGAUGUUAAUGGCCAUGCUACAGAUCACCAAAGGACAGUACGCCGGGUUUGAGUACGCACUGCCGGCCGGCACCGUCCUGGCGGCGGCUCACUGCUGCGUCAACCCGGUCAUCUAUCUCCUGGUGAGAUGCGACGUAAAGAUGAAGUGGAUGUCCCUGCGGCUGUGUGACGUUCAGGAUUGUAAAGAUUUAAUGCUGCUGCAGUAGUGCCUGGCACAAAAGGGGGAGCUAGGAGGGGUCAGUGCCACCCAAAACAUCUCAACUGUAUCUAAAGCAUUUUGUAAAGUAAAGUCUGCUUUUAAGAAGCUGUGUUUUUUAAACUCCACACUCUUCAAUCCAAACAAUCUGUAAAUAAUAAAGUAGGAGAACCUGAAAGCUCUAAGAAUCAUCAAACAAAAUCUCGGUGGACACGUAUUUGGGACACUGGCACCAGUAAAGAUUUCGGAUCUCUCGCAUGUUUUUAAUUCUCCAGGAUUAUUUUGUCCUAUAGAGUCCUCAUGUCCUUAUUGGUGUACGUACACACAAGGUCUUGGAAUCACAAAUGUCUUAUGGUCUGGUGAGACCUUGGUUGAACUUUUAAGCCAGAAUUCCAAAAGAACGCACCAACAGUAAAUCUUCGGGGCGGCUUUUCAUCUGCUUUCGUCCAGUGGUCUGAACAGAGCCCUGACCCCUGAGCUCACAGCAGUCAAUCCAAACAAUCAGAGGUGGAUCGAAAGGCUUGGACGCUCACCCAAAUACCCUGGCUCAAUAAGAAUCAUGCAGAAGCCCGUAAAUAAUAAAGUAGGAGAUCUGAAAGCUCUAAGAAUCAUCAAACAAAAUCCCGGUGGACACGUAUUUUGGACAUUCACUCUCCAGUCCUCAUGUGCUCAUCUGUGUACGUAUCCACAGGGUCUUGGAAUCACUCCCAGUUUCAGAUCUACCACAAACAACACCGGAAAACUGGCAGACAUGCAAAAACCACCAAAAAAAACAUAAGAGGAUUAGAAACAGCUGAAAACAAGAACGAAACUAAGAACGACCCUGGAAAUGUUUUGGUUCCCUAGAGCCAGGAUAGGUUUCACGUCUAUUUAGAGCCUUUCAGACGCCCCCCUUUUCCAACAUUCAAGAUACUAAGAUUAAUCGUUCGUUUCAUUUCCACUCUCAGUGUAACCUAUAAUCUAUAAAAAACUCAAUGACGAUAAUAAAGUGUCUUAUAACUGGGUGUGUGGUUGUGUUCAGAAUGGACCAAUCACAUUCGCCCUUUUGUUUGUUGAGCAAGACCCUUAACCCAGUUUGUUCCAAAGACGCCGUACAACGGCCAACCCUGCGCUCUGACCCCAGCUUCCAAAAAUAAUGUAAUUCCACUGUACAUACAUGUAUAAAUGAUAAAUAAAGGAAUUCUAUUCACUUCUAUUAACUUCUAUUCACUUCUAUUAACUUCUAUUCACAUCUACUGAGCUGCACCUUACAACAAAAGCCACAGACCAUGAAGAUCUCACAAAGCAUUAAAGGAAUCUCACUGCUGAAAGGUUUCAGUCAGAACAAACAGAUUAUGGAACAGUGACUUUACCAAGAACCAGACGUCCAUCCAAAUCAGAUGAAAGGACAAGAAGAAAAGUGGCCCAGAAGGCUGCUAGGAGGCUACAGAAACAAUAAAAGGGCUGCAGAAACUUCUGGAUGUUCAGGAAAUACUGGAUCUGCCCUACAUGCCCUACAUGUGACAACAAUCGCUGGUGUUCUUUAUAUGUCUGGGCUGUGGGGUUGGGUGGCAAGAAAGAAACAUCCAAGCCUGGCUUCCAAAAGCAUCUGGGAAAAGUGUCUCAUGGUUCAAAGUUGAACUUUUUGGCCAGAUUUCCAACAGGUAUGUCCAUCACCACAAGAACAUACCAACAGUGAAGCAUGGUGGUGGCAGCAUUAGCUGUUUUUCAUCAGCUGGAACUGGUGAAAAGUCAAGUUGGAUAACAGGUGUAUCAGAACAGUUGUUCAGAUGCUUUAAACUUUGAGGCAACACUUUAGUGAAGGAACGUCCAGGUUUUUAAUUUUCAUUGGCAACCUGCCUAGUAGUAGUGAGGCUUGAACCUGCAAUCUUCUGAUUACUAGUCCACCACCAGCAUGACUGCACCCCUGUACAUACAGCGAGGUUUGGUGUGGAGGCACUCCAGCAGUCCGAACAGUCCUCGAUCGCACUCGGCACCUUCGGGACGAAUUGGAACGGCCCUCUCGUCCAAGGUCAAUCCCUGACCUUAGGGUGGGAUUAUGAACAGUUCCAAAUAUCAGUCACAAAAUGUUCUGGAACAAAACCUGCAGACUUGCUUAAAAAAAACUGAAGAUGAAAAAGAAGAAGAAUUUUUCCUUUCAGCAGGACAAUGACCUGAAUCAUACCCUCAAAUCCACAAAGAAUGGCAUCAACCACAGCCCAGAUCUGAAUCUAUUAAAAACUCAUGAACAGCCUCUAAUCUCUAAGAUUUUAAUGUCUGUGGGUAAAAAUAUUAAAACAUUUAUCCUGAGUGACUUCUGUAACUGUUCCUUUACCAUGACUGAAGGAUCGUAAAACAACCUUUCAUCAGUUUAUUGUGGAUUGUCUGUAUUUAUAAAUAAUAAACACUUUAUAAUCUAGACGUUAACACGCACCACUUUAUCUGAGUAAACGUUUCCGUCCAAAACGAGGUUUAACAUACAGUGCCUUGUACAUCCCUUAACCUGCCGUGUCCCUUUAUAUUUAGGACACACCCUACGGCUGAAAGUAUGCAGACACGCCAGAUUCUUGAACAUCCUGUUCCUAAAACAUGGGCGAUCAUUUCCGCUUCUCUGGAAAGGCAUUUGGCUGAUCGAUCAGAAGAUAUGUGGCAUUCCAAUUCAUCCCAUCCCAAAGGUGUUCAGUUGGAAUUGAGAUCACUGCUCCGUUCCAGUCCAAACUGGUCAGAUGUGCCAUUUGUCUCUGGACUUGGCUUAAUGGAGCCCCCUCUUUUACGCCCGUGCUUCGGUGGAUUAGCACAUGAGGCUCAUCCACUUUCUGCACAGGCGCCAGGGUCCUUGCACAGCGCUUGAAGACCCCACCCACUUAGUGCGAUCAUUUCCCCCAAUUUAAGUCUGCUGCAGCACUGCCGAUCGUGCCAGCUAGAUGGCGCCCAGCCUACCGGGAGCAGAGCCGAGAUUCGAACAGGGGUGUUCGGAUCUCGGCGCUGGUGUGCUUUUCUCCGCUGCAAAUAUAAUAGAUUUUAAACACUUGCUCAAAAUGAACGUGGCUGUAUAGUUUACUUAAAAGAGGUGGGGAAUAAUAUCCUUCAAGGUAGCUUAAAACUUUAUAUUCAAAGUGUCUUGUUAAAAGUGUUUAUGACAUUAUUUUAAAGUAAUGUACUCAAUAUAAGAUUUUUAUGUUUGUAUAAUUUUAUAAGCUGCUGCUUUUGGACAAAAUUAAACCUUGCUUUACUUUUA